AGCGGGCCAGAUCGUACACGGGAUAGCGAUGACGGGCAGCAUGGCUAACUUAGGAAUCUUUGUACGAACAUGCCUCUUUAUUGUACAACUAUCAACGUGUUACGGAGAUGACGCGGCUAUGUUCCCGUAUGGCCCACAAGCUGGCGACAAAACGGUUACGGACACACAAAAUACCAAUGAUCUACAGCUUGACAUACCUCGUGAAGGUAUUGUUUUCUAUGGGCGGAGACAUGGCCAUGUUGCGCUGGCAUACCAUGGGGCUUUCUAUUUCACCCGCGAGUACCCAGCCCAUCACGCGAGUGCCAAGCCUCCACGGUUCCUCUCGCCACCAUUCGCUGCCCCGCUCUACUACCGCGCCUCGUUUCUGACUGAGAAUCCCGUAGGGCGAGUGUAUUACCGUUAUGUUAAGCGGAACUCCGCAUUUCCCAAUCUCGACGUUCUCAGCAACAUGGUCAAUGGACGCGUGGUGGGAACGACGUCAUUUAACGCCACCUAUGCCGUGAUUGCCACAUGGAGUAACGUGACUGACAGUGCGGCCGUCGAGCAAUGCGGAAUAUCAAUGGAUGCCAAUGCUUGUCAGAACCUUCCUAGGAACACUUUCCAGGCCGUGUUGUUAGCCGACACUUAUAGCACGUUCGUUAUCUUCAACUAUGCCAGUGUGGUAGAGGAUUCACUACAUGCCAAGGCCGGAAUUUACGCUGGGGAUAAUGUACGCUGGACACCGGUUUUGCCUCAUAAUGAGCAGCUGAUCGAGGGUAUCGAGAGAAUCCAUGGUACCAGUGACAAAGUGGGGCGGUUCAUAUUCAAAGUGAGCGACAACCGUGUGGUCCGCGGGGGCUGCACAACGAGUCUAUCCGGAGUUCCACUAGAGGCGUCUCCAAAGUUUGCUGGGAUGUAUGGAGGGGAGAUAAUCGAGGUAUCUGGACCGUGUUUAAAUCAAUAUGCUGAAAUUCAAUGCAAGUUUGGCGAUUCGAUUGUGAAGGGUCGUAGAAUUAACGAUCACAAGGCAGAGUGCACUGUACCAAUACUGAAGGAAAGAGGCAAAAUUUCCCUCAUCCUGUCAGCGUCAUCUUCACCACAUUUCAACUUCGUCACAGACUUUACUAUUGUGUUGCCUGGACGACUUCCAGCCGGGGUGAAAACGGAUUACUUGGGGCCUGAACACGGCUGGAACGAGACAGACGCCAGCAGUUUGACCCUCCACUGGGACAACGAUAGAUUAAGCUUGGACCCCAAGGCUAAGGUCCAAGUAAAUCUGGUGGGAUACAGGGAAGAUGAGAUUGAAGCCUACUGGACAACUCUUGUAACAUUAGCGGACCAGGUUUCAAACAGUAAAGGUAACCCUUCAUAUAUGGGUCAAAGCACUGGAGUGACCUUUGACCCGGCGCAGUUCCGGUGUUCUGGUGAGCAGUGUCACCAAUACGAGUUGGGAAUCAUUGAGGUGAAACUCGUAGAAGGACAAGCCAGUACACAAAGAUCUUUGUUCAGUCAUAACCUCCCUCUUGGUUGGUUCAUCACGGACGCCAUGGAAGCAGAGCACGGACACGAAUGGCCAUCCGCUCUUUGCACUCAGUGGGAUGAGAGAGAUAAACAGGACGUUGAUUGGCUCGAUGAGCUCCUUAACUGUCCGUGCACCAUGAACCAAGCCAUGGCCGAUUUCGGACGCUGGCAACCGGAUGUCGGCUGUAACAUAUUUACCGGAAGUGUAUGCUCUUACCACCAGGGGGCUGUCCACUGUGUCCGCUCGGUGCAUCCAACACCAAGCGGAGCCGGCAACCAGUGUUGUUAUUCUGCCGACGGUAAUCUGAAGUACGCAGCGGACUCUUAUCAAGGUAGCACUCCGGACAAAGGUCAUGCAUGGGGUGCGGCGCCAUACCUAAAGCCUGGCUACGUUCCGGAAGAGUCCCACUGGAUUGAUGACGUUGUGUCGUUCUACUACUGCUGCCUGUGGACCGGAUACAAGGACUGUGACAAGUACAUGGACCGUCGACCAACCAAAGACUGCGUGGACUACCAGCCGCCGGGAACCGCCGUUGCGUUUGGCGAUCCUCACAUCAUUACUUUUGACGGCAUGUCCUACCGCUUCCAUGGACGGGGCGAAUUUAUUAUUGCCCAAGUCGAUUCGUUCGUGCUACAGGGACGAUUCUCAGAACCAGCUUUAUCAUCUCCAAACGUUUCCGUUCUGACUGGUAUAGCCCUAAAGACACAGGACAGCUCCGACACGGUGGAAAUUCAGCUCGCUCCGGCAAAUAGUGUCGGUGACAUAGGCCUUGAUGUUAUAGUGAACAACGAGCAUAUAAAUUUAACUACUGAUUCCAUGUACUGGCAGGACUUCAGAGGUGUCUCGGUGGUGACAGAGCAGCGCAGCAGGCAGAAGAACGUUACCGUCCUCCUGGAAUCUGGCAUUGGAGUGCAAGUGGCGGCAAGUUACGGAUUGCUUAAUGUGAUCGUCACCUUACCACCACAGUUGAAGAACAGCGUAUCGCGCGGAUUGUUUGGAGCAUGGGAUGGAGAUCAGAGCAAUGACCUUAUGCCUAAUGGUCAAACAGCUCCCAUUGGAAGUGCUUCGUCACCAGAAGAUAUAUACAACUUUUUCGCCCUGACAUGGGAAGUGGCUGCAGAAGAAUCCCUAUUCGGCGACCCAGAGCCCCGUGAUGAAAUGUUUGUACCCACGUUUGCGGAGCCCACGGGUGCUCCGCCUCAAACAAUAGCGAGUGUGUGCGAGGACAACGCGCAGUGCAGGUAUGACUACAUGGUCACGCAGGACUCGCACCUUGCCAGCAGUACAUUGAAGGCUUCGAUGUGGUAUAAAACUCUACAAGAUUUCCUCAAACCAGUGGACACGUGUGGUUUACUGAAUGUACCUUACUCCAAGAAAGACAGUUAUGAUUACACGGCCGACUCGACUGUUCACGUGACCGGAUGUAGGCUAGGACUCCGCCUGCAAGGAGAAACGACGUACACCUGCGACGCAGAAUCCAAACAAUGGCAGCCGGAAGUCACCGCAAAAUGCGAAGGUCAAGUAGAAGACGCUGGCCUUGGUAUGAAGAUCGGUAUAGGCCUAGGAGUUGUAGGUGGCUGUGCAGCCGUUGUCAUAAUCAUCAUUAUCAUCACUCGCUGCAGAGCAUCCAAGAAAUCCAAAGAUAAAGGGUCUGCUUCCCGUGAUACAGAGCUACGGCCUGAGACCAAGGUGCCCAGUCGUUCCGGGUACGCACCGGCUAGAACCAGUGAGGACAUCGAAGAUAUGAGACCCAAGGUCAAACCAAGGUCUAAACAGACUUCUGAGAACAGUGUAUGAGUGUGAACCACGGCACGGCGAUCACUUAGGCAGCCCCGAGAGAACAUUCACCUUUCCGCCUCGAAAGCAAUGAUCGCCAUUCUACGUGGGUGUGAACUUCAUGUAAGGCGAAAUCAGGCUUUAGAGCGGGAUUUGCAUGUCAUCAUAUAAACUCGUGUUCACGUGUCAGUCCUGUCAUUUCUUGAAGACAAUUCACGUUGAGAAGCGAGAUUUCACGUUACAUGAAGUGUACCCCACACCAUUCUCAUGACAUUCACCGUUCAUACAUUCACAACAUAUGUGUUGUUCUCUUGCUUGUUUAGGAGUGUUUAGUUUCCUUUGGCUUUUCUUGGGUCGUUACGUCGGUCAUAGAAGGAUGUAUAGAUUUUGUAAUACGUUAGUGAGCCGUGCAUAAUAUGGAUUUGCUUUCAUACGGAUUUUGUUGGAAGAUUAAUAUUUGUACUGCUGAAUGUUCGUCGAGAGGAUAAGAGCAAUUUACACGUUGUUCCAUAUGAUCUUUAGCAUAUCUUAAGAUUUGUAUAGAAUUCAUAUCCUCUCUCAGAGUCGCGUACGACAAGGUUGAGCAUGACAAGACUCCGAUUUCGAUCUCCACCAGACAUAUGAAGUGAAAUAAACAAAGUAAACAAUAAGAAAUCACGUCCACGGAAAUCAGGUACAGAAUGUUAUUCUUUGCAUAUUCUGUCUUUCCGAUUUUGUCGUCGGAUAUCAGACAAGCACAAUAUAGGUCUCAGAAUAGAGCCCAGGACAAAAUUUUCGACAUGUUUUCAAGCGACAAGUCCAGAGGGACUGACUUUAGACUCCUCAUUCAUUACACUCCUGUGACGUUUCAGACACGAUCUUUGACAUGCUUGUGAACUCUUCAAAUUCGAGGUUGACACAUUCACUGGGUUUUUUCUUUUUCAGUUUUCUUUUUUACAUAGAGCGGAUUGCUUUUAUGACAUCUCACUCCCUGACAUAGAAAAGAGGGCUCUUCUGGAUCGCAUAUACAUAUAAAUGUGGGCUCAUUAGACUCACUAUGUGACAUAUAAAUGUCUGACCCCCUUUGAGUUAUAAAUGGGACCUCUUCUGACUCACUGUAUGACAUAAAUUAGGCCUCCUCUGACCAUCUGUAUGACAUAAAUAAGGUCUUGUCGGACUGGCUGGCUGACAUAAAUGACGAAUCGUGUGACUCGCUCUCUGACAUAUCAGUUAGUGCGCUUCUGACUCGCUGUCUGAUAUAAAUGGAAGCUAUCUCGAAUCUCUGCCAUGAAUGAGGACUCUUUUUGACUGUCCGUGGACUUUUCUGAUUCUCUGUCUGACCUCUAUUCUGUGACUCAUUGUCUAACAUAUACUGUAGUAAGUCUUUCGACUGCCCCCCUCAUAGAUGUUCAUAAUACCUUGCAUGCACUCUGGGAAGGUGGUACCCUAUACGACUGUGUGCAUGGCAGGACGCUGGAAACCAUGGGGUGUUUGGUCUGUUGGAAUAAAAUUGGUAUGGAAGCAAAUAGGGUUCCUUAUGCUAUGUACUACAGACAUGACACCGGUAUGUAAUGCUUUUGAAUAAAGAAAAACCUUUAGGUAUAGGACAUGGUUUUGUACAAUGUGUGUAGGUGUUUUGACAGGUUGAGUGUUCAUUUAGCUGGAAAAAAUAUUUUUGUUUCAUAUGUACAUUUAUAGGAUUACUCGGUUUAUAGUAAAUAAAUGUCCAGUAUAUAAUUUUU